GUGAACCUGUCUGUAUAUCUGUGUGUGUGUGUGAGUAUUUUCUGUGCGUCUGUGUCUGAAGCUCUGUCUCUUGUGUCUUCUCUCGCAUCGCGGACAAUGUGAAAUUGGAACGCGACGUAUUAAAGAUACCCUGCCAUCUGCUCGGAUGACUCGAAUGUGUAAGGGAUUACAACAGCAGCAGCAGCAGAAACACAAAGGCUUGCAAGGAUAGCUCACCCUGAUCCCCGAGGAGGAGGAGCAGGAGCAGCGUGCAUGCAUCUCUCUGCAGGCUGUGCAGAUGUGAACUGCAGCUAUGUAAUGUGUGGCGAGGUGGGAGACGUGGCGGAUGGCGGUACCAGCGCUGAGCACAUUAAUACUGGGGCACACCACGGCAAGCACGGCAAACCACGACACCGCCUACCACGUGGCACCCGGCUCUCCACGUGCCCGCUCAUGCCAGGUCCUGCAACAUCGCCGCGAGAAGCAACAAGACUGGCAAGCCAGGGUGAGCGUCGUGAAGCAUGCCAACACGAGCCUCUCUCCUGCCACGCUGUCUCAAGGCAGCUCAUGACCCUGACGCUUGUCCGGCACCUGCGCACACACACCCGGAGGUGCACGCAGCGCUGACGAUCGCAGAGAAGCGGAACCUUUAGAUCGCACGGCCAGGGCAGAAGAUCACCCCCGUGCCGGACCUGGUGCAUGUGGGUUGCGUGACUCUGCGCGACCCGCGGCCGCUCGACGAUGGGCCACGGCUGGGGCUACUAUGGCCCGGGUUACGGCGCGUACCUGCGCUCCGCCGUGCCGCCCUGCUUGCUUCUACACGCCUGCUGCUGCGUGCUCGCCGCAGUGUGCUCGUGCAGCCGCUCCGCCUCGGCCGGCGUGCCGUUCUGCCCCAAGGCGUGCCGGUGCUCGGCCGAGCCAUUGGGGGAGCUCGCCGUGCGCUGCAGCGGCGCGCGGCUCACCGAGGUGCCCCGCGACCUGCCCUCCGAGGUCACGCGCCUCGCCCUGGACGCAAACCACAUCACGUGCGUGCGGCCUGGCGCCUUCAGGGGCAUGCGGCGGCUCAAGGAGCUCAACCUGAGCGGGAAUCUGUUCGAGACACUCCCCGCCGGAGUCUUCGCUGGCCUGGAGGACACGCUGAAGAUGAUCGACAUCUCCGACAACAGGCUCACCACCCUGCGCCCGGAAAUCUUCCAGGGCAUGAUGAGCGUGCGCGUUAGGCUGUCCCGGAACCCAUGGCACUGUGACUGCGCCCUGCAGCAGGCGCUCUCGGGCGUCAUGGACGCAGACCCGGUGGGCGAGGCCCUGUGUCGCACAGCGCUCGUGCCCGAGCUGGCGGGGAAGACCCUCAGCCGGGCCCUGCCCGCACUGUGCGGGGGUUCGGCGGUCGCCGGCGGGCGACGGCGCCGGACCACGGACGUGGCCAUGCUGCUCACAAUGGCCGCCUGGUUCGCCAUGGUCAUCGUCUACGUCGUCGUGUACGUGCGGCGCAACCAGGCCGAGACGCGGCGCCAUCUCGAGUACCUCAAGUCCCUGCCGAACUGCCAGCCAGGGCAGGCCGACAGCGAGGAGGCCGACACUGUGAGCAGUGGACUCUAAGUCGCGCGAGUGGCCGGUGGGCCUGGGUAACAGUGUGGAGCCGCGCUCAUGUGGUGGCGGCUCUGCAGAAUAUUGGUAGAUCGCACAGGCCACGGUUGGGCAUGGGACGCCUACCCUGAUUGGCAGCAGGUGGCUGACUAAUCCGUAUACAUAGAUUCGUGAGUGUUAUUCACCUGUGCAAUUGUUUUUUUUCUGUGCAGGCGCUAGAUUUUGGGCUCGCGCUAAAAUACUCACUGCCAGAUUGGUCGAAUGGCCCAAGCGAAAUGCUCGUGAGAAUACAUCUUGAGACUCAGUGGAGGCUUUGCACGGUAACUGAAGGACCGUUAUAUUAUCGUAGUGGUACAUCCGUUACAAUGGAUGACUAGAGUCGCUCGGUAUAUGGGAUGGACUGAGACCUUUAAAAAAAGAAGUGUGGCCUUUAGCUUGGUGAGCAAUGGAUAUAGUUAUAUUAUUUGAAAUAUUUUGUGGUGAAAAUAAAAACUUAAGCAGUGAGGUUGGGCUUCACUUGUGUUUUUCUCACUUUCAUGUCUUAAAUUACCUAAACCAAGACUAUAGUUACAUUUAGGAGGAAGGGGACACUUUGUACACAACAGUGAUGUCGUAGUUCACAAUGUCACGUUUUCUUCUACAGGAGACAAGGACUGCAUUAAUAUUUACAGGUCUGCAACCAUCCUCCUCAAGGAAUUCACCCACACUUUCAUUUAUAUCAUGGGUUGAUGCAAAGGACGGGAGGUCAAAUCAUUGGCUUAGCCUUUCUCAGUGACACAGAAUACCCCAAUUAGGAUUUAUGACAGAACACAAAUAAGUCAGGGACCAACAUGUGCAGCCUCCAGUUCUAUCUGGAUGGAGUGGGUUUCUUUCUUGUUAGAACGGUAUACUGACAUGUGUUGUCAUGAAGGGCAAUUAAAUAUUCAAAGCUUUUAUUAUGAUCUUACAUAAUAACAUUCACGGGUUCUUUGGCACGCAAAGCAUCACUGGUCACAGGAGUACGGGGAGCAUAUGAAUUUUUUCUGACUUCCAACAGUAAGAGAAUGGCAGGUGUAGUUAUCGAAGUUAAGAGAUCACGUUAAUUGGUGUCCUGACUUGUUGCCUGCAUGCACGUGCAGUGACGCUGCCUGUUAUGUGGUCUGACCAGCUCGUUGUGCCUCAGGCUUGUUCCAUCUGGGCCGGCCCUCUAGCUGUUACCGUAGGCGCACACCAGGCUCAACAUCCCUGGCGAGUCGGUACAGUCAGCAGCUGACAACACACCAGGCUCAACAUCCCUGGCGAGUCGCUACAGUCAGCAGCUGACAACACACCAGGCUCAACAUCCCUGGUGAGUCGCUACAGUCAGCAGCUGACAAUACACCAGGCUCAACAUCCCUGGUGAGUCGCUACAGUCAGCAGCUGACAACACACCAGGCUCAACAUCCCUGGUGAGUCGGUACAGUCAGCAGCUGACAACACCCCAGGCUCAACAUCCCUGGCAAGUCGCUACAGUCAGCAGCUGCCAACGCUGAAGCCCGGGCGGCGAUUAACUAACCCGGAAAACUCAGCUUGUAGAAGUCUGGGCAUGUAGAACCCCUGGUGGAGGAAAUUUCACCAAAAUGGUCUUUGGACCUUCCACUGCAACCAGGACCAUCUCCAGUCGUCUUGACUACGUCUUGCCACUGGGUACAGAUGGGGCUGGUCGAGAGAGUGAGGUUAACGCUGCGCAAAUCACCCUCACUUACAUCCAAGUUCUCUGCGCAAGUCAUGGCACUUUACGAUCGUCAUUAUCCAAGUCCUGUGGCGAUGGGUGAGCGACGAAUCAGCAGGCACGGAUAUGCUGAAAGCUGUAGCCACAAACCUGCACGCAGGCGGCUCAGGAUAUUGGUCGUUCCCUCACUGGACCGAAGCAGCAGUGAAGUCCGGCAGCACC